AGUGAUGACAAGGCCUUAUUUGCCAUCUGGCACCACCGUCUUAUGGGUUUGGGUUUGGUGAAGAACCAAAAUAGAGGGAAGAACUUCUAAUGCUAUAGUGAGUACGUGAAGCAAAUUUUAGCUUAGCAUGGACAAGAAAAUGAUGAAGUUUUUGGAUGAGUACGAUGAAGAUGACGUAGACCUCGUUCAAUCAGGGCAACUGGCGGAGGUCAAUUGCCUGAUUCCGCAUACCAUGUACGGCACAUUGAUCGGCAAAGGCGGAUCGAGGCUUAAGAGCAUCAAUCGCAAAUUUGAGGUGCAAGUCAUUUUCCCUGCUGACAAGAGGAGCGAGAAAGUGCGAAUCAGGGGCAAGAAAAAGGAAAACUGCGAAAAGGCCAAGCAGGCGCUGCUGGAACAGGUGCCUGUGAAGGUCCACGUGCCUCACAAGUACCACGGCUCCAUCAUCGGCAAGAAAGGCUCGAAUGUGAGAGAGUUGAACGAGAAGUUCCGUGUGCGUCUCAACUUUCCACCGCCCGACCAGCAUUUGAACUUCAUCACAAUUUCGGGAGCGCCGGCCUGCGUGUCCGAAGCCAAGGAGGAAAUCGAGAGUCAAUGGAAGAAGAUGGAAGACAAGCAGCUGCGCUCCUUUCAACUCAAGGUUAAGGUCGACCCCGACUUCCUAGGAAACUUGAUUGGUCCCCUAAGACCUGUGAUCCUUCAAAUCAUGCGGGAUCAUGAUGUGCAGAUCAAAUUCCCAAAGGAGGGUGAUGCUGAGAAAAACAUCAUAACAAUCACCGGCUACGAGGAGAAAGCCAAAGCGGUCAAGAAGGACGUUUUGAAAAUUGUUAGCAAGCUGAAAAAGGAACAGGUGUCCAUCUCAAGUGAGUUGCACAACGAGUUAUUAGGAGGCAAGGGCGAAAUUGACAUUCAGAAGGUGAUGGAAGAAUUCAAGGUUGGCAUGAGAUUGUCCGAGAGCACUACUGACCCAAGUCUGGUCACCAUCAUUGGUGCUCCGUACAGCCUGGCCCAAGUUAAAGAGUAUCUUCUGAUCGAAGUAUUUAAUACGUGUCCUUGGCUUAAGAAAACACCAGAAAUGAACGAGAAGGAUGAACAAAAUUAAAAUAACAUUAAUUUGACUUUUGAUCAAUUAAAAAUGCUGAUAUUCAUAAUUAAGACUGGUCAAUUUACUAAAAGAAACCAUAUUUGACUGAAAAUUAGGAAAUCAUGAUAUGUGGGUAGCAAAUCAAUUAAGGUAUUUUUGCCUUUUAAUCGUUUGUGUUCCACACAAAUUAAAAUAUUUUUGAAUCACAAAAUAAUAUGUAAAAAUUCUUGUCCUUCAUAUUUAAUUAUAAAAUAAUAA